AGGGAAAGAUUCAGUUAGCCUUCGCGGUGACAGACUGUUAGAGCAUUCACAUCUCUUCAAGCAUCACACAGACAGCAAAGAUGGAUGUCUUCGUUCGUAAGAAGAUGUUCACCGAUCCCCACACAGGGAGCUCAGCUCGUUUCCAGACAGAUGGGAAAAGUGGCAAAUUGAGGGAACCUGCUCGACAAAGGAACAGAGUUUGGAGCUCGAGAAGACCGUCCCAGCACCAAGAAAAUCUUAAUGGCGAAGACCUAACAAGAUGGGAGAAUAAAAGAUUCCAUUAUAACCGUUAUAGCACCAAUGACGCAGCGAGACCACAGGAGAAUGGCAGAGCCCCGCAUAACCGCUACAAUAGCGCUGACACAACAAGGACUCUAGAAAAAGAUAACGGGUCCUCUCUUAAUCGCUUCAGUAGUAAUGACACAGCGAGACCACGGGAGAAUGACAGAGACCUGCAAAGCCUCUACAAUAGCACUAGAACAUCUGAACUUCAGGAGAAAGAUGGUAGAUUCCCUCUUAAUCGUUACUAUAGCACUGACGCAGCGAGACCAAAGGAAAAUGAUAGAACCCAUCUUACUCGCUACAAUGGUACUGACGCAGGUUUGCUUCAAAAAAACGGAAGAUCCUCUCUUAAGAGCUACACAGAACCAGCUAGGCCUCAGAAAUAUUGUAGAAACACCCCUUACCCUUACCACUGGAUCGCUGGCGCAACGAGGUCUGGGGAAACUGGCAGUAACCCUCUAAACCGCUUCAGCAGUACUGACACAACGAAGCCUGGGAAAAUUGGCAGUAACCAUCUUAUCAGCUUCAGCAGUCCUGAUACGAGACCACAAGGAAAUGUGAGAUCUCCUCAUAACCAGAAAGUUAGCACUGGCACAAUGAGGCACUUGGAGAAUACGAAACCCCCUCUUCACAGCCACAGCAAGACAGUGGCCCAGUCUCCAGAUCAGAGCGACAAACCCAGCCCAGAGGCAGCCAACCCUGGACCUAGCCACGCCCCCCGGAUACCAGAAGUCAAGUCUCUAUCCAACGACAACCAAGAUGUGGGGAUACAGGAUCUGAGACAGAAGUUGAACUGCUUAAGAGAAUCCAGACUGUUGAUCAAGCAUCCUGCAAUUGAACAGGAGCCAAAUAAAACUGUGUCCAAAAAGCGAAAAAGAGUGGAAACUGCAGAGGAUGACAUGGUCAAACCUCCAGCGAAGAGGGUGAAAAUAACCACAGUUUGUGCACAAAGUGAUUGAGAAUUGUUGGAUUGGGAUGACGAGUUGGACCUCAAUGAGCCCCUCUCGGACGGAACAUGGGGAGG